AUGGACGCUCCACCUCCACCUCCACCUCCACCAUCAAGGCUUCUCCAGCUUCCUCCUCACACAAAAAAUAUGAAACGUCCUCGAAAUGCAAAAAACCUCUCACUCAAUGUGCCAUCAUUUUCUCAGCUCUCUGUAGUUGCAAUGGCUAGCCCAAAAACUGCUGUGGCUCCUUCCUUUUCCUUUACAAACCCUCCUCAUUCUCAUUCUCAUCUUCAUACUUCUUCUUCCCCUCUCCCUAUUCAUAACAGCUCUCAUCAUCAACAACGUCCCAAAUCUUCAAAACCUUUUCAAUUUACUCCAUCAAUACAACCUGUUUUAAACUCUCACAGUUGUGGUGGUAAUGACUUUUCAAGCCCUUUUUUACCCAAGUCAGACUCUGAAACUGCACACCCCUCUGCUAGCGUGUCUGGGUACUAUGCUAGUCCAUUAGGCCAUUUAAACCAUAAUAAUAAUAAGCAUGGGAUUGUUUCAUCUGCAUCCUCAUCAUCAUCUGUCUCUUCAUCCCACUCUUCUUCACUCUAUUCUUCUUCUUCUUCAUCAUCAUCAUCUUCUUCUUCUCCCUUAUCAUUUAGCUCUUCACAAACAUCAUCUCCAUUGCUUUCUUCUGCAUCUCCUCCUUCAAUCACUCGAAAACAACCACAACAACCUCUCUUUAUAUCGAUCCCCCAACAGCAGUCUUCCAGCCUAACAACACCUUUACAUAUUAAAACAAAUCACAUUUAUCCCACUGUCGGAACUGAAACAGCUGAUGAGGCUUCAGGGAAAUUGGAGUCUCAAAUUAAAAAGAAACCAUAUCUUUCGUAUCCGAUAUCACACUACCAAGACUACAAACAUGAUACGGUCGCUUCGCCAUCUACAUUUUUCCCCUCUUCUACAACAACAGCCACAGAAGAAAAAUAUGUCAUUGUUAAUACCAUCCCAUUAGGUGAUCCCAGCGAUUUGGAACCUUCUUAUUCAAGCUACCCCUCUGGUCCAAUUGUUGUCUGUCAUCCCAAUAUCUAUCUUUACUCCGAGCCAACCCUUGAGGAAGCCAGCCAAUUUGAUGUGGUUAUUAAUGUCGCCAAAGAAGUUAAAAAUCCCUUUUUGGAAAACAGCGCUGAUAAUAAUAAUAAUAUUAAUAAUAAUAACCAUAAUAGUGUUUGGCCUCAAGGCAAUAAUAAUAAUAAUAAUAAUAAUAAUAAUAAUAAUAAUAAUAAUAAUAAUAAUAAUAAUAAUAAUAAUAAUAAUAAUAAUAAUAAUAAUAAUUGUAUAAGUACUGCUGGUAUCAGUGCAACUCAAAACACUAAAAGUUUGAUGAAUUAUCCUUCAACAAGCUUUGACAGUAAUUUCCCAUCUCAACAAGGAGUAUUAUUAUCUAAUAAUAGCCAACUGCCUUUCGAUAUUGGAUUAAACCCUCAACAACAGCAACAACAACAACAAUCUUUUUCUCCAUUUUUAUCCGACUACAAUUCUAAAAAUGGAUUCGAUAGUUCCUCCCUCUCAUCCUCAUCCUCCUCUUAUUCAACACUUUUGUCUGUCCCUUCAUCCCCUCCUUCUCUCGGGUCAUCAGAAGACACUGCAAUGUCUUCUCCUACAAGUAACUCCAGUGUACUUUCGUCACCUUCAUUAAAAAAUAGAGGCUCAGAUGUCUGGCCUCAUAUUUUGUCAGAUUUCCCACGAGAUAUCACAACUGUCUUCUCUGAAACUGAGACUGAAACUCAUCUCUCAAACAAUAGCCCCCCAAGUGCGUUUGCCACCAGUACUCGAAACAAUAGCAUUGUGUCUGGAAAUGAUCUUGUGGAUAAAAACUUCCAUCUUGCAAUGUCUAGUGAUUCGACUAUAGGAAAUAGAAGCCCCAGCAGUAUUGUCAGUAGCUCAACUGAUAGUGCUAAUGCUAGCGCUACUGCAAGUCCAACAAAACCUCUACAACACCGAACAAGUAGUUUCCUUAAAAGCUCUCUGAAACCAUCCAGUAGCAACACCAGCUUGGCAUUUCAUGGAAGUGCAGAUCUAGAUUUUAAAAGAAGCAACUCCACUGGUAGUGGGGUUCGCAAAACAUCCACAAGUGAAUCCUCAAAGACUAAAUCUAAACGAUAUAUUGGAGAACAACGUCAUGGUUCUUUUUCAGUUCCUUGUUUUAACCUAAGUAUUAACUCUGAAGAAGAGCCGGUCUCUUUACAACAACAACAACAACAAACCUAUUACGGAACGACAUCAAAUAACGAUAGAAACAUUUUUAACGACUCUAAUGACUACAAAAAUACUACUACCCCUGGUUACAAUUCUAAUUUAGAAACAUGUUCUGAUGACUUGAGUGGAAUCUCAUCAUCUAAGAUUUCCUCUUCUUCUUCUUCCUCUUCUUCCUCUUCUUCCUCUUCUUCCUCACCUGAAUAUAUUUAUGUUCCUUGGGAUCACAAUUCUGACCUUGCCCCUGACCUUGAGCACCUGACGUCUAUUUUGUUUGAUAGAUCAAACCAAGGUAAGAAAAUCCUGGUUCAUUGCCAAUGCGGUGUCUCGAGAUCUGCCUCGCUCCUGGUCGCCUAUGUUAUGCGGCUUCACGGGUGGGGUGUACAUCAAGCUUAUGCUUGGGUCAAGGAUAAAAGUCCUGGAAUCUCGCCAAACAUGUCCCUGAUUUACCAAUUGGUUGAAUGGGCCGAAAUAGUGGAGAAAAUUGAACAAAAACAAGGGUCACGAUUUCUUAAUGAAAAUUAA